AUGGAUCCAACCACCACUCCGCGGCAUUCAAAUCGCUUUCGAAUGGGUGUAGGUGCUGCAGACCCAGUGCCAUCAUCGUCGCCGGGAUUCGGGACACCUGCGCGUCCGCUGCGACUCGCAAGGGUAAAUGCGCCGCCUACAAAAACCUCGAUUCUCCCGAUCCUUCUACCCCCGGCCACUCUGCGGCCAGUGGCCUUUCGGACAUUCACUCGCAAGCACAAUCUGACAAUCUCGUCCUCGGCGCUCCAGACCUUGGCCGUCUUUAUUGGCAAGAAUUGCGGUUCAGGAUGGCGCGAAGAGGGUCUCGCCGAAAAGGCCUUGGACGAAGUGGCCAAGGCUUGGAAACGAGCAGGAGGCGGCGUCAUUGUGGAGGAGGGCAAAGGCGCCUCAUUGAAAACAAUCCUUCAAACGCUCGAGAGCAGUAUGAGCGGCGGUCGCGUGGUGGUCGGGAAGGCAACUGUACCAGACGGAUCUGGAAGAUUAUCCAGUCUCGGUAUGGAGGCGACUGGACGGACGAGGGACGCAAGUGGCAAAGAGGGCUCUCUCACAACGCGGCCGGGGGAGACGGAGGAAGACGACUCCAAGUUGUCGCUUCAUCCUCGGCAUUGGCUCAAAGUCAUUGACGCCACGGACCUUCCGCGCCUCACAUACAAUGUCGACAAGAAGUACUUUGAGACCCAUAAGUCAAAACCGACGUUAUUCCCGCCGCCGUCCCAUAAAACAGCCCUCUUUCGAGACCGCUAUAACCUGGUGUACCAGCGAUUGUUACGCAACGAAUCCUUUCAGAGCUCGUUGGGCGUGGCCGGCAUGCCUUCUCUGCAGCGAUCGUCGUCGAAUCUGGGCGUUCAACAAUCCUACAAGUUGACCCCAAUUGCCAACUUGCUCGGACGCAGCGGCACAUCUCAUCUCCUUCUGGGCCUGCUCUCCACUUCGCCCACGGGAGACCUCUCCUUGGUGGAUCUGACGGGGACUGUGGUCUUGGAUCUCAGCCAUGCCCGCAUGAUUCCCGAAGACGGCGCGUGGUUUGCGCCGGGCAUGAUUGUGCUCGUGGACGGCAUCUAUGAGGAAGAGGAAAUGGUUCAAGGCUCUAUGCUCGGUGGGAAUCACGGCGUGGGUGGCGCCAUUGGCGGCCACUUUGUUGGUGUGUCCAUCUGCGGACCCCCCUGCGAGCGCAGAGAUAUCUCCUUGGGAACGGGCACUCGUCAAGGCGCGGGCGAUGUCAGUUCAAGUGGUGGAUUCGGCUGGGUCGAUUUCCUCGGCACUGGCAGCGAGCGCGCCCAGGGGGCUCGUAUGAGGCGCAUCCAGGAGAAAUCUCUCCGUGCAACAACUGCUGCUGCCGCUGCCGCUGCGGCGGCGGCGUCUUCAGCCGAAUCUAUCGAUCCAUCUCCGGCACGGCUCAAGGUCGCCAUCUUGAGCGAAGUCCACCUGGACAACAUGAAAACCCUCGACGCCUUGCGCAAGGUCUUCAGCACCUAUAACGAUUUGGCGCUCUGCGAUCGCCCCGAAUCAUUCCUCUUAAUUGGCAAUUUCGUUCAAACCCCCAUCAUCAACGGUGGAGGACGCGCCGGAAGCAUCGAGUACAAGGAGUUCUUCGACUCACUUGCUCUCGUUCUCUCCGACUUCCCUGCUCUUCUCCAACACUCAACGUUCGUCUUUGUCCCGGGCGACAACGACCCCUGGGCAUCUUCCUUCUCCGCCGGUGCGGCCACCACCAUUCCACGACAACCCAUUCCAGAACUCUUCACCUCUCGAAUCCGCCGAGCCUUUGCCACGGCCAAUUCUGAAAACGACAAAUCUCAAUCGACCGAACCACCAGGCGAAGCCAUUUGGACCUCCAACCCCACCCGUCUCUCCUGGUUCGGUCCCACCCACGAGAUCGCAGUCUUUCGCGAUGAUCUCUCAGGCCGACUUCGUCGCACCGCCAUUACCACCCAACUCGCUGCGGAGCACGACGAAGACGAGACCAACGCCGAGCCACACGAUAACAUCAUGCAAGAUGCACCAGACUCCCCCUCCAACGACGACCCCGUCGACCUCGAUCAAGCCAACGGGUCCAAACCCGCCCUCAACGGCCCGUCAUCCACCACCAACGCCGCCGCCACAACCAGCGCCGCAAUGGCCCGCAAAUUAGUCAAAACCAUCCUUGAUCAAGGCACCAUGUCCCCCUUUCCUCUCCAUGUCCGGCCCGUAUUAUGGGAUCAUGCCUCUGCAGUACAAUUAUAUCCCCUGCCUACGGCAGUGGUGCUCGCUGACGCGGAAGCGGCUCCGUUCUGCAUGACCUACGAAGGGUGUCAUGUGAUGAACCCGGGACGGAUGUUGGCUCCGGGGGAUGUAUCGAUGGUCAAAUGGAUUGAAUAUGAUGUUUUGCGCAACCGAGGCCGUGUGAAGGAGGAGCGGUUCUAA